CGGGCGCCGGGCGGGGCGGCGCCGGUAAAUAGGGGCGGCCGGGCGGCCACGGGCGGUUCGGGCUCCGCUCCGGCUGCAGACCCAGGCUCUCCUCUCGGCGCUGCGGUCGGUGAGUCGGGGACCCAGCGUCCAGGAUGUGGCGCCCCGUGGCCUCCUUGUGCUGUCUGCUCGUGCUGGCCGGUGCGCAGAGCCAGCCUCCAUUCCACCCGCUGUCCGAUGAGCUGGUCAACUACAUCAACAAGCAGAACACCACGUGGAAGGCUGGACACAACUUCUUCAACGUGGAAGUGAGCUACCUGAAGAAGCUGUGUGGCACCAUCCUGGGUGGGCCCCGGCUGCCCGAGAGAGUUCAGUUCGCCGAGGACAUAGAUCUGCCUGAAAGCUUCGAUGCACGGGAACAGUGGUCCAACUGCCCCACUAUCAAGGAGAUCAGAGACCAGGGCUCCUGUGGCUCUUGCUGGGCCUUUGGAGCCGCGGAAGCCAUCUCCGACCGGAACUGCAUCCACAGCAACGGGCACGUAAACGUGGAGACGUCUGCGGAGGACCUGCUCACCUGCUGUGGCAGCCAGUGUGGGGACGGCUGUAAUGGUGGCUACCCCUCUGGAGCUUGGAACUUCUGGACCAAGAAAGGCCUGGUUUCCGGCGGCCUGUACAACUCCCAUGUGGGCUGCAGGCCGUACUCCAUCCCCCCCUGCGAGCACCACGUGAACGGCUCCCGGCCCCCAUGCACGGGGGAGGGCGACACCCCCAAGUGCAGCAAGUCCUGCGAGCCUGGCUACUCCCCGUCCUACAGAGAAGACAAGCACUACGGGCAAACCUCGUACAGCAUCUCCGGGGAGCGCGAGAUCAUGGCGGAGAUCUACAAGAACGGCCCCGUGGAGGGCGCCUUCACCGUCUUCUCGGACUUCCUGAUGUACAAAUCAGGCGUGUACAAGCAUGUGACCGGAGACAUGAUGGGUGGCCACGCCAUCCGCAUCCUGGGCUGGGGAACUGAGGACGGCGUCCCAUACUGGCUGGUGGCCAACUCCUGGAACGUUGACUGGGGUGACAACGGCUUCUUCAAAAUCCUCAGAGGAGAGGACCACUGCGGCAUCGAAUCCGAGGUUGUGGCUGGAAUUCCACGCACUGACCAGUACUGGGGGAAGUUCUAAUGGGCUGCAGGCCGGGCUGGCUCUAGGUGGGGCCCCCCGUGUGUAGUCUUCUAGCCGGGAGUGAGAUGGGGCAAGGCAUAGCUUUUACUCUUUUGAAGUCCCAUAAGAUGCAGGAGAUUUUCCACAAAGCCCAAAGGACUGGGUUGAACCAAACUCGCGCCCGCCCUGAGCGAGGAGCCUCCGGCCUCCCGUCCACACAGUGCUGUUUGCCUGCCUGAUUCCAGCUCUGCUGCCCCCCCUCCAGCCCCGGCCUCCUUGGGGGGCACCGCCCUGGCAAGCCGGCCCCCUGCAAUCGUCCCCUCCCUGCGAGACCGCGCUCCGCCUCCGCCCCGCCCCCCGGACCUCCAGCCUUGCCCUUGGCUGCGGCUUGUGUGUCACAGGCGUUUGGUUUGCUUUGGGGUUUUGUUCCACGGUGUGCCUCAGCUGAUCCGCGGAUGAACAGGACUGAGGGCUGGGAGCUUCUUCCCUCGUGGCUGGACACGCGCCAAGCCACUGGACUCAGCUGCCACCGGGCACGGAGUUUGGAGGGAAAAAUCACUGCUUCACCCGUGGAAUGUUAACGAGGAAUGGCGGGUGCCAAUAAAGGAGCUCUCCAGCGCGAA